CACCCCUCCGUCGCACAUGCGCUUUCCUGCCAACCAUAGAGACCACCCUCUGUUCCAUCCAGCCCCCCUACUCCCCUCCUCCUCCUCCUUCUCCUCCUCCUCCUCCUGGUCCAGGGACUAAGGGGGUUUUCAGCACUUGCCACAGCAGCUUUGCAAUGGACAGCACCACAAAGACUCAGUGAUUCCCUCGCAUCACUCGGACGCUUGACGGAAACCACAGCUGACAGGCAAUCUCAGCGCUCAGUAGGGACAUCAAGAGAGAUAGUGGGAAAGUGAGAUCCAGAGAAAGGCGGCAGAGGUACUGUGUGGACUAUCCCUUAAAAACAAAUAAGGGUUUGAGCCUGCAACCUAAAAGCAGUGUUUUUAUUACACAUCUCUUGUUGCUCUAAAACAGCAUCAGCACAAUGGAAGAGGACAUGGAUGAGGGGCAGACCCAGAAAGGAUGCCUUGAAUGCUGCAUCAAAUGCCUGGGUGGGAUUCCAUACCCAUCCCUUAUUGCCACCAUCUUGCUGUAUGCCGGUGUGGCUCUGUUCUGCGGCUGCGGACAUGAGGCCCUUUCUGGCACUGUCACCAUUCUGCAGAAUUACUUUGAGGUGAUGCGGAGCCCUGUGGAUGCACUGGAUGUGUUCACCAUGAUUGACAUCAUAAAGUACGUGAUCUAUGGCAUUGCCUCAGCUUUCUUCGUCUAUGGCAUCCUGCUGAUGGUGGAGGGCUUCUUCACCAGUGGAGCCAUUAAAGACCUGUAUGGAGACUUCAAGAUCACCACCUGUGGACGCUGUGUCAGCGCUUGGUUCAUCAUGCUGACAUACAUCUUCAUGCUGGCUUGGCUCGGAGUCACUGCUUUUACCUCCCUCCCAGUCUUUAUAUACUUUAACAUCUGGAACAUCUGCCAAAACGCUACCGUGCUGGAAGGGGCCACACUCUGCCUGGACCCACGCCAGUAUGGCAUUGUGCCAAUCGCUGAGGCGAAAACCGUGUGUGCUGGAUCGGAGAAAUUCUACAAGAUGUGCGAAUCUAAUGAGCUCGACAUGACGUUCCACUUGUUCAUCUGUGCCCUCGCUGGAGCAGGAGCUGCUGUUAUUGCUAUGAUCCACUACUUGAUGGUGCUGUCCGCCAACUGGGCCUACGUGAAGGACGCCUGCCGAAUGCAGAAGUAUGAGGACAUCAAGUCGAAGGAGGAGCAGGAGCUUCAUGACAUCCACUCCACUCGCUCCAAGGAGCGUCUCAACGCCUACACAUAAAGACCAGCGGGAGGCCUGGCCCUGACCCACUCCGACCUCUCUCUCUCCCUCCCUCCCUCUCUCUCUCUCUCUCC